AUGGCUUCUGCCUGGGAGAGGAAACUUCAGCGCUCAGAGCUGGAGAAAGCAGCGACUUUCGUCCCCAGGCUCCUCGCUGAGUGUGCCCCCGUGAGCCGUGUUCCCAUUCAGAAUAUCGUCGGAGUGCUGCUCUUUGCGGAUAUUUCAGGUUUCACUGCUCUGACAGAGAAAUUCACCCAGAGGAGCGGCACAGCCAGAGGCACUGAUGAGCUGGUGCAAACCCUCAAUUACUACCUGUGUGAUGUUUUGGAGGAGAUGCUGAUUUUUGGAGGAGACAUCUUGAAGUUUGCCGGGGAUGCUGUGCUGGUGCUGUGGAGAACACGACCCCAGGAGCUGGCUAAGACCAUCAGCCUGGUGCUGCAAUGUAGCCAGCAGAUCCAGGCGAAGUACGGCAGUCGCGACACGCACAUGGGUCAGAAGAUGCGACUGAAGAUAGGGAUCUCUGCAGGGCCCAUGAGCCUCCUGCUUGUCGGAGACAGGAGGCAGAAGUACUUCUUUAUCUGUGGCAAGGUCCUGUCUGAAGUUUGUGAGGCCGAACGGCUUGCGAAUGCAGGUGAAGUUAUCCUCUCAGCCUCCUCCUGGGAGCUCUGCGAGCAGCACCGGCUCAGGACCCAGCAUCUUGCAGGCAAAAGAGCCGUGAAGGUUAUGGGCAUGGUUCAGAUGUCUCGGUCAGAAUGCCAAGAAACUUUACGCAAGCUCGUACAACACCCGGUGAGCCAUGGCUUGGAGAAGGAAGGGGACAGCUCUGCCCUGAGCAUCCGGAGCAACCACCUGCACUUUCUCUCCUCAGGUGCCGUGAGGCCUGCUUUCUUCCGCUCUCCUCCUAAUGUGGAGGAGGUGCCUAGGGAGUACGUACCAGAAACUGCUCUCCGGAAGUUUGAUGACAGAGUGCCGCUGGACCUCUUCUCUGAGCUACGGCCAGUCACCAGCCUCUUGGUCCAACUGCAGGUUGCUGCAGAUAUGGACACGGAGGCUCUCCACACAAUCCUCAACAAUGCCAGCAGGAUGAUGCUAGAAGUCCUCCAUCCUCACCAGGGCAAAAUCAACAAAAUCCUCCUGUUUGAUAAAGGCUGCAUGUUCCUCUGUGUGUUUGGACUCAGUGGAGAAAAGCUGCUCUACGAGAGUAUUCACGCCUUGCAGAGUGCUAUUCAGAUCUUCAACUCGUGCUCCGCCCUGCUCGGGGAAAAAGAGGCAGUGUCUGUUGCAGUUACCAGCGGGACGGUGUUCUGCGGAGUCAUUGGCCACCCUGGCAGGCAUGAAUACACAGUCAUUGGCCAGAAGGUGAAUUUGGCAGCCCGGAUGAUGGUGCAGUACCCUGGGCUGGUGUCCUGUGAUGCAGUGACCUACGCCGCCUCUCGGCUGCCCCCUUACUGCUUCAAGGAGCUGCCAGAGAGAGAGAUGAAAGGCAUUAGCUGUCCUGACACUAUCUAUCAAUACGUGGGGAUCGCCAAGAGGAGCAUGUUUUGCAUGGGUCUUGCCAAGGAGAGGUCAGAGUACGUCCCCUUGCUGGGUCGGGAGAAGGAGCUUGACCUCUUUGCCAGCUGCUUGAAAGCCUAUAAGGAUUUAGGACGAAGGCACAUCCUGGCAUUUGAAGGCACGAUGGGCUCCGGCAAGAGCCACUUACUUACUGAACUGGCCUAUUUAGGCCAGGCUGCUGGCCACAGGGUAGUUGCCAUGGAACUGCUGGAGGUCGACAUGAGGCAGUCCUUCUCUGCCCUCGGUGCGCUGACAGCCAGGGCCCUGGACCUCCAGGAGCGUGAAUCGUGCCGUGCCAGGCAGCGCGAGCUGCGGACAAAGCUCCGAGGGACAAUCGAAGAGAGCAGCUAUUGCCUCCUCAAUGACGUUUUGCUUGUCAAGUUUCCCAUUUCAGACAAGGUUCGCAAGAUGAGCGAAACUCAAAGAAAAAGGGAAUUGCGCUCGGCUUGGGCAAAAGUGCUAAAGAAGGCCAUCGGAAGAGACUUUGGCAUAUUUGUCAUCGACAACGCCCAGUUCAUCGACCCUGCCUCCUGGAGUAUCAUGUCACCCGUGCUCCAAAACAUCUCCUUCUUCAUGGUCACGAGCUUAGCUCCGGGCUACGCGAGAACAGAGAGCUUUUGCAAAGCCGCAGCAGCCAGCAGGACGUCCCAGAAAAUCAUCUAUCUUCAUCUGGAUGAGCUGAAACCUUCAGCUGUGGUGCAGAAAGUCUGCCAGGACCUUGGAGUGGUCAGCAUCCCCAGGGAUUUAGCGAGGUUCCUGCUCCAAAGAAGCUCGGGGAUCCCAUAUUACUGCGAGGAGCUGCUGCGCUGCCUUCGUUGCAAGGACACGCUCUUGUUCCGCACCCGGAGGCGGGGUGAAAAAGCAGAGGACAACUGGGAGAGCCUGAUCAUCGAGACUUCAGCCCUGGCAGCAACCUCGAGCUCCAGUGCCGGGAAUGAUGGCAGGGUCUGCAUCGUCAGACCAGAUGUGAACCUGGAGAACACCGUGCUGCCCACCGCUUUGAAAGAGAUUGCGCUGGCUCAGCUGGACCAGAUGAAGCCGCUGAAGCAGACGGUUUUGAAGUUUGCAGCUGUCAUCGGGCUGGUAUUUACCACCCAGCUGCUGUCGCACAUCCUUCCCGCUGACAUCAGGCACAAGAUGAAUUUCUUGUUGGACAUGCUGGUGAGCGACAACAUCCUUAAGUGGCUGAAAAGCACAGAGGUGCCAGAAGAUGUCCAAGAUGCUACCGAGGGGCCAGCCAGCUCUCUGCAGGCAGGGCAUGGAGCGGAGAGGCCCUCUUGGAGCAAGAAGACCGUGGAGCGGCGGUCUGGCGUUCUGGCCUUCUGUGUCCCGCUGCUGCGGGAGGCUGCCUACGAGCUGUGGCUCGAGAGACAGCGGGUCGCCUUGCACCGCAAGUGCGCCGCCUUCCUGGAGCGGCACGCGCACAAAUGCAAGAGCUGCGGCCAAGGGGACUUUGUUGACUUCCACCGCUUCGCUGUCACCGGCACCCAGGAUGGAGGGAGCUGUCAGGGUCCUGCUGACCAGGGUGACUCACGCAGCUGGGAGGCCUUGGUGCUCGCAGGAGAACAGAUGAAGAGGGAUAGGACCCAUGCCAUUGAGGAAUGGUUUCUGGCAAAGAGCGACCAGACGACUCAGCUGCCCAGCAAGACUGACGGCAAGCACGACGGCGCGUGCUCGUGCAAAUGCAAAGCCAUCGUGGAAUCGGUGCUUGUGCCUUUGGCUCGCCACUACAUGGCAAUGGGCGAUGCUGCCAGGGCCUUUUACUACCUUGUGGAGUGUGCGGCUGCCUACCUGCAUGUCUCCAACAGCUACAUGGCCCUCAUGAAGCUGAACGAAGCGGAGGUCCUGAGGAACUCAGUAGAGAAGAAAGCGAAUGUGAUAGCCCGCUUUGAUGAGGCCACCUUCUUCAGCCUCAAAGGGGAGGUCUGCUGUCAUAUGGGACGUACGAAGCUGGCAAAGAAAAUGAUCAGGAAGGCUUUGUGCCUGCUCAGAAGGCACUUCCCCCGGACCUCCGUUCGAGCCUUUGCCAAGUCGCAGGUGGAAAAGUUGCCGUGUGCCGCUUAUGUUGCCAGAAGAGCGUCCUCCCUUCCGCAGGAGGCCUGGAGGAAGAGGCUAGCCUGGCUGCUGCGGCAGAGCUGCUGCCUUUCCUUACUGGAGCGUCUCUUGAGCCUGGAGGGUACUUCCAGCGGACGGACGGUCUCCCGCCUGGCAGCGUGCAUGAAGGCCAACAUGGACAAGGCAGCGGACUCCUAUCGGCAGCAGAUUCCUGCCACAGACAGACUUAAAACAGAAGGGUGGAAAUGAAGUGAUGUUAUUAAAUAUCUGCUUUAUUAUGACCUUUGCUGUCGAGCCUUUCUUUCUGAGGCAUGGAAAGAAACACUGUUGUCUUGUUUCUGUUGAGGACUACUGCUGCUCCAUCAGUGAUGAC